AUGCCCUGCUCAACCGCCGCUCUCGACAUACCCGACCUAAGUGGCCAGGUCAUUAUUGUCACUGGAGGCACCGCCGGACUUGGCCUCGAAUCAAUUCGUCAAUUGUCCACGCAUCAUGCAGCACACAUCUACCUAGCUGCACGGUCUCAAGACAAAGCAGAUACCGUCAUUCGAGAGCUGCGCAAUUCCAUCCCCAAGGCCUGCCCCAUCACAUUUCUUCCACUGGACCUGUCAUCCUUUGCGAGCAUCAAAGCGGCCGCCGCAACCUUUCUCCAAUCAGAAAGUCGACUUGACAUCCUCAUGAACAAUGCUGGAAUCAUGAUGACACCAGAGGGCUUGACCGAGGACGGCUACGAACUCCAGUUCGGUACCAAUGUCAUGGGCCCAGCUCUAUUCACCCUACUUCUCCUCCCUCUACUGCAGCAAACCGCCAAGUUGAACCCACAAACCCGCGUCGUCAACCUCUCCUCAGCAUCCGAAAAGGCAGCUCCAAGCGACCUGUAUCCGCUUGAGGAACUCAAAACGCCAAUGUCUAGUCGCCACACAACGGCGAGAUAUACUCUGUCCAAGAUAGCUUGUAUUCACUACACCACGGUCCUUGCUACUCUAUACAAGGAAUUCAAGUUCAUUAGCGUCCAUCCGGGCAUGGUGGCCACAAGUCUUCACCACAAUUCUACGGGCAUCUUCCUCAAGCCUUUUCUCAAUGCAGCCAUAUUCUUUGCUACGCCCGUAGAAAAGGGAGCUCGUUCCCAGUUGUGGGCUGCAGUCUCGCCAGACGCACAUUCCGGAGAAUAUUACGGCCCUGUGGGCGCUGUAGAGCCAGGAUCCAAGAAUGCUAGAAGACCGGAAUUGAGAGAUCAGUUGUGGCAUUGGAUGAAGCAGGAAUUGAGCCGUCAUGUGGUGAUGUGA